AUGGCCGAAACACCUACCACCCCCCGCAUUACCUCUCCCUACUUAAAUUCCUUCACUUCGCGCACUGUACGUAUGGUGGGAAAAGUGACGCAGUUAAGAGGUGAUGAGGCAACUAUCGAGAGUGAUGGGGCUGUGACUGUAAUCUUGAAUCGGGACUCCCAUCUCCAAGUCGGAAACGCCGUCGAGAUCGUCGGGAAAGUAAACCAAGACCUAAGUGUCAAAGUACUAAAAGCCACUGAUUUCGGCACAAAUUUCGAUUUCGCAGCAAUGAACGCCCUAGUCGACGCAAAUCAUCGAUACAAGGAAAUCUGGUAUACCGAGGGAUAA